GGCCGCAAUGUCAUCAUUGAACAGAGUUGGGGAAGCCCUAAGAUCACCAAAGAUGGUGUAACAGUGGCAAAAGCUGUGGAACUUAAGGACAAAUUCCAGAAUAUUGGUGCAAAACUUGUGCAAGACGUUGCAAAUAACACCAAUGAAGAGGCUGGAGAUGGCACAACAACUGCAACAGUUUUAGCACGUACAAUUGCCAAAGAAGGAUUUGAGAGAAUUAGUAAAGGAGCAAAUCCGGUUGAAGUUAGACGUGGUGUGAUGCUAGCUGUUGACGCUAUUGUUGAAAAUCUUAAAACACUAUCUCGGCAAGUAACCACUCCCGAAGAAAUUGCCCAAGUAGCUACUAUUUCAGCCAAUGGUGAUAAUGAAGUGGGUCAGCUUAUUUCAUCGGCCAUGGAGAAAGUUGGUCGUGAUGGAGUUAUAACAGUGAAGGAUGGCAAGACAAUGAAAGAUGAGUUGGAGGUCAUUGAAGGAAUGAAGUUUGAUCGUGGCUACAUCUCUCCUUACUUCAUUAACUCUAGUAAAGGUGCCAAAGUUGAAUUCCAAGAUGCCCUACUUUUGUUAUCUGAAAAGAAGAUUUCCUCCAUCCAGUCCAUUAUUCCUGCUUUGGAACUUGCAAAUGCCCAGAGGAAACCACUUCUUAUCAUUGCUGAAGACAUCGAUGGUGAGGCACUCAGCACUCUGGUGGUUAAUCGUUUAAAGAUUGGUCUCCAGGUAGCAGCUGUAAAAGCCCCUGGCUUUGGAGACAACCGAAAAAAUACCCUUCAUGAUAUUGCUAUAGCCACAGGUGCCAUAGUUUUUAAUGAUGAAGCCAGUAUGAUCAAGAUUGAAGAUGUUCAGGCACAUGAUCUUGGUCAAGUUGGGGAGGUUCAGAUCACCAAAGAUGAUACCCUCCUUUUGAAGGGAAGAGGUAAUCCAUCAGAUAUUAAACGUCGUGUGGGCCAGAUUAAGGAACAGAUAGAAGAAAGUAGUUCAGAAUAUGAAAAGGAGAAGAUGUCUGAACGGAUGGCCAGGCUCUCAUCUGGUGUAGCAGUUUUGAAAAUUGGAGGUUCUUCAGAAGUAGAGGUGAAUGAGAAAAAGGACCGUGUAAAUGAUGCUCUCAAUGCCACAAAGGCUGCCGUUGAAGAAGGUAUUGUACCUGGGGGUGGUGUUGCCUUGCUUCGUUGUAUGCCAGCAUUAGACGCGCUAACUCCAGCUAAUGAUGACCAAAAGAUGGGUAUUGAGAUUGUCCGUAAAGCUGUUCAAACGCCGUGUUACACCAUUGCUACCAAUGCAGGUGUGAAUGCAUCCGUUAUAGUGAACAAGGUCAUGGAAGCUUCUGGUGACGUGGGUUAUGAUGCUGCAACUGGAACAUUUGUGAACCUUGUUGAAAAUGGCAUCAUUGAUCCAACAAAGGUUGUAAGGACAGCCCUUACAGAUGCAGCAGGUGUUGCCUCAUUGUUGACUACUGCAGAAGCCGUUAUUACAGAAAUCCCUAAGGAAGAACCUGCUGGUGGUAUGGGUGGCAUGGGAGGAAUGGGUGGCAUGGGAGGAAUGGGUGGCAUGGGGGGAAUGAUGUAAAGGAGCCAAUACUUACAUUGUUACAGAAAUCUUGUGUUAAUUGGGCAUUAUAAGUAAAAUUGCUCUUUUCCUCAGGUCUCAAAGGCUAAAGAAAGUUUGUGUAAUUGAAAUAAUGAGAAUAUUGCAGUUGUUAGGGGCAGCUUUUCAUGCUGGUAACUGCAGUUACUGCUUUCUGAUUGUAGUCAUGGGGAUAUAGGAGUAAAUUUAAUUGUUCCAAAAGUAAAUACAUGCCCAAGUUUGUAGGCACAAUAUGCAUGAAAACAAAUCAUUCCAAGAUGUACAUUGAUGUGCUCUUGUAAACUGACAAAACGAUUCACUUUCUCAUCAUCAUCAUAUUCAUCUCAUAACUUUUAUGUGAAUAAGUGGCCCGAGUGAUUAAUUUUUGACAGUGAAGUAUGUUGUAUGUUUGUACAAAGUGUAGAUACAUGGUACAUAUAGUUAAUUUUGUUAUAUGGGAAAUGAGCAUAUCUAUCCCUUAAUUAAAAGCUAAGAUUUUUAAA